CCUGUGCCGUAUUUCGGGAGGCUGCAAGGAGGGCUCACAGCUCGAAGAACUAUCAUCAUCAAGGGCUCUGUGCCCCCCACAGGCAAGAGUUUUACCAUCAACUUCAAGGUGGCUCCUCAGGGUGACAUAGCUCUGCACAUUAAUCCCCGCAUGGGCGAUGGAACCGUGGUCCGGAACAGCCUGGUGAAUGGCUCGUGUGGAUCCGAGGAGAGGAACAUCUCCACAAACCCGUUUGGUCCCGGACAGUUCUUGAUGUGACUGUCCAUUCGCUGUGGCUUGGAUCGCUUCAAGGUUUUUGCCAAUGGUCAGCACCUCUUCGACUUCACCCAUCGCAUCUUGGCCUUCCAGAGGGUGGACACAGUGGAGGUCCUUGGUGAUGUCACCGUGUCUUAUGUCCAGAUCUAAUCUAUUCCUGGGGCUGUAACUCAUGGGAAAAACAAAGAUUUCCUAGGACUCCUUUCUAAGCCCCUAAUAAAAUGUCCUGAGGGAGUCUGAUGAGAGUGUCCAUUUGCUCCCUCACUACUCUU